AUGGAUUUCAAUUACAGUAAUAAUAGUAAUAGUAGUAAUAGGAAUACUAAUAAUAAUAAUAAUGUUGAUAUUGGUUCAUCAACAAUAAUGAGUGAUGAAGAAUCUCAACAUAUAAACAUUGGUACUGACAAUCAUCACAACAAUAGUAGUAGUAAUAAUAUAACGAUAAGAGAAGAUAAUAGAAAUGGUAUUAGUAGUAGUAGUACUAUUAGAGAAGGUGAUGAUGAUGAAGAUAUGAUCAGUGAUGAGGGGGAUGACUCCUCCUCCUCUGGCUCUGAUGACUCUGAUGACUCUUCUGAUGAUCAAGAACAACAACAAAUAUCACCUCCACCAGCUCUACCUCAUUCAACAACAUCAUCAGUCGUUAGUCAAAAGAAAGAAAGUGAUGAUGACUAUGAACCAAGUGAAGAAGACGAGGAGGAAGAAGAAGAAGAAUCUGAUCAAGAAGAACAAAAAAAAGAUAAUGACGAAUCAUAUCAAGAGGAAUCAGAGGAAGAAGAAGAAGAAGAAUAUGCACCAACAAGAGCUUCAUCAUCAUCAAGAAGACAAGCCAAUAAUUUCAAGUUUAGUGAUUAUUUAUUAGAUGAUGAAGAGAAAUCAUCAUCUGAAGAAGAAGAGGAAUCUCAAUCCGAUUCUGAUUAUAGUCCAACCAGAAAAUCAAAAUCCAAGAAAAUAAAGAAAAAGACAAAAAAGGGACCAUCAAGAAGUCAACAAAGGAGAAAGGAAGAAGAAUUGGCAGCAAUGAGAAUGCAAACUAGACCAACAAGAGAAAGACGCCAAACGGUUAGAUUGUAUGAUGAAUUAAAGGAUGAUUCGGACGACCAAGAAGAACAAGGAGAAGGGAAUGAUGAAUCAAUGGGAUUCCAAUCGGCAAGUGAUGAUAGUGAUAAAAGUUAUAGUGGAGGAGAUGAUGAUGAUUAUUCAGAUGAUGAUGGUGGUUAUUCUAAAAAAAGCAAGAAAAAGAAAAAACCUGCAUUUGAAUCGAUUACAUUAUCCAAUCUUAGAGAUCGUCGUAAUCUAAAGACUUACAAGAUUGAAAGUUCAGAUGAAGAAGAUGAUGAAUAUGGAGAUGACGAUACACAAGAUUAUGAAGAUUAUAGUGAUGAUGAUGGUGGUCGUAAAGCAAAGAAACAACAACAGGUUAAACAAAUUGGACCAUUUGAAGCGACAGAAGAUAUUAUUGAACAAAUUAUGGAUCAUCGAUUAGCAUCGGUUGCCAAUUUGGAUCCAACCUCUUCUGCGGCAGACAAACAACAACAACAACAAGAAGAACAACAACAAGAAGAACAAGAGACUACAUUCAAUGUUGAAAGAUAUCAAUUUUUGGUUAAAUGGAAAGGAUGGGCGCAUAUUCAUGAUACAUGGGAUAGUUAUGAUAAAUUGAUACCGUUCAAGGGUAACAAGAAGCUUAUAAACUAUGUAAAGACGCUGUUGGAACAAAAGCAAUGGAGAAAGGAGGCAUCAAGAGAGGAUAUUGAACAGGCAGACAUUUCAAGGGAAUUGGAUCGUCAAGAAUACCUCGAAAAACUAAACGUUGAACGUAUCAUUGCAAAGCGAGAGAUUGAUGAAACCGAAGAAUACAAAACUGGUGUUCAAUAUCUUGUCAAAUGGUGGAAAUCUGCCUAUUCAGAGGUUACUUGGGAACAUCCAGAAGAUAUCAAACCAUUCCAAGGUGAAAUUGACCGAUACCUAGAACGUAUUCAAACACCUCUUCAUAAUAUUGGUGGUAUAUCGGCCAAAAAACGUCUUGAUCAAGGUUUUGAAAAAUUCAACACUCAACCAGAUUGGAUUUCUGCCGGAAAGCUACGUGAUUAUCAAAUGGAUGGUUUAAAUUGGUUAAUUCAUUCUUGGUUUAAUAAUACAAAUGUUAUUUUAGCUGAUGAAAUGGGACUUGGAAAAACAAUUCAAACAAUAUCAUUUAUAUCAUAUUUAUAUAAUGUUCAACAAAUGAGUGGACCUUAUUUGGUUGUAGUACCAUUAUCAACUAUUGAAAAUUGGCAAAGAGAAUUUGCAAAAUGGGCUCCAUCAAUGAAUUUAAUUGUUUAUACUGGUAGUGCUGGUAGUCGUGAUAUUAUAAAAGAAUAUGAAUUUUAUCAAUAUCAAUAUGGUAAAAAGAAAUUAAAUUUUAAUGUUCUCCUAACUACUUAUGAUUUCAUUUUAAAAGAUAAACAAGUACUUGGAUCAAUUAAAUGGGAAUAUUUAGCAGUAGAUGAAGCACAUAGAUUAAAAAAUAAUGAAUCAAUGUUGCAUGAAGUGUUGAAAUUUUUCAAGACUGGUAAUAGAUUAUUGGUAACUGGUACACCAUUACAAAAUUCAAUGAAGGAAUUGUGGAAUUUGUUAAACUUUUUAAUGCCAAACAAAUUCCAUUCACUAAAGGAUUUCCAAGAUCAAUGGUCAGAUUUAAAGGAAAAGGAUCAAAUUGCCGAACUUCACAACGAACUCAAACCACAUCUUUUACGUCGAAUCAAAAAAGAGGUUGAAAAAUCUCUACCAGCAAAGACUGAAAGAAUAUUGCGUGUCGAUCUAUCACCACUACAAAAGAAAUACUAUCGAUUGAUUUUGAAAAAGAACUUUCAAGAAUUAAACAAGGGAGUCAAAGGUGAAAAGACUAGUCUCUUGAAUAUCGUCGUCGAGUUGAAAAAGACAUGCAAUCAUCCAUACCUAUUUGAAAGUGCAGAGAAUGAAAACUAUAAUGACUCUUUGGACGCCUUGAUCAAGGGAUCGGGUAAGCUCAUUCUUUUGGACAAGUUGUUGAUCCGUCUCAAAGAGACUGGGCAUCGUGUACUCAUCUUUUCACAGAUGGUUCGUAUGCUCGACAUUUUGGCUCGUUAUCUCAAGCACCGAGGAUUCCUCUUUCAACGUUUGGAUGGCUCUAUGAGUAGAGAAAAGCGUAGUCAAGCCAUGGACCGUUUCAACGCAGAAGGUUCACCAGACUUUUGUUUCCUACUCUCUACCAGAGCCGGUGGUUUGGGUAUUAAUCUGUCGACAGCCGACACUGUUGUUAUUUUCGACUCUGAUUAUAAUCCUCAAAACGAUCUUCAGGCUGAAGCUAGAGCUCAUCGUAUUGGUCAAAAGAAUGCAGUCAAUAUUUAUCGUCUAGUCACGAAAAAGACGGUGGAAGAGGAUAUUUUGGAACGUGCCAAACAGAAAAUGGUACUUGAUCAUUUGGUCAUUCAAUCAAUGGACACCAAGUCGUCUAGUAGUAAAUCGGCUGGGUCUGCUCCAAGCCAAGUUUUCAACAAGGAGGAAUUGGAUGCUAUUCUCAAAUUUGGUGCAGAGGAUUUGUUUAAAGAAAGUGAUGAUGCCGCACAGCAACAACAACCCGAAAUGGACAUUGACGAGAUUCUUUCUCGUGCCGAACAACGAUCAGAAUCAAACGAGUUGACUGCAGGAGAAGAGUUGUUAAACUCGUUCCGUGUCGCCAAUUUCACAACCUCCAAGGAAAAGGAAGAUAUCAAUUGGGAAAGUAUCAUUCCAGAUAAAGAUCGUCAACAACCCGAUCAAGGUAAUACUUUUCUACCACCAAGAAGAGCUCGUAUCGAUACUUCAAAAUCUGCUGCUGCCGCUGCUAGUAAAAAAGCCUCAGAAUCUAUUACCCUCACCAUUAACCCUAAAAAGGAAAUUACAGCCCUCAACAAAAAGGAUCUUAAAAUCCUUAUCAAAUCUUUUAAAAAGUUUUGUGAUUAUCAUAGAGCAAAAGAAAUUUUAUUAGAUUCAAAUUUAAAACAAAUUAAUUUAAAAAUAAUUGAAGAAAUUUGUAAAGAAGUAAUUGAAAUUUGUAAAAAGAGUAAAAGAGAAAAUCCAGAAUGUGACAAGAUUACAAUAAUGUAUUCAGGAGUUGAUAUCAAUGCAAACGAGUUUAUUCAAAAGGUUGAUGAAAUGGAAACAUUGCAAGAAUUGGUUAGACCUCAUUUAAACAAUUAUGAACAAUUUAGAGUGACGUUCCCCGUCAGACCAGUCACUUGGGCAAUUAAAUGGGGUGCCAAAGAAGAUGCCAUGCUCUUGAUGGGUAUUUAUAAACAUGGUAAUGGAAAUUGGGAUGCCAUUCAAAAAGAUACUAGUUUGGGAUUGGAAAAUGUUAUUAGUGUCGCCGGCGCUGAAGAAGAUCCUGCCAUGGCAUCAACAAAAAUCAAAGGUCCUUCUCUUCAACGUAGAGUAGAUUCUUUAUUAAAAUCUGCCAAAGAUUCUAUCAUUUCUAAAAAGAAACCUCUUGCCACUAUCACUAUACCAAAAUUGGCAAACAAAAAACCACAACCACGUGGUGGUUCAAAGAGUAAAAAUGAUCAAGAUCAUGAUGAUGAAAAGAUACCAAGAAAACGUGGUACUAAAGGCAACAGUAGUAGUACAUCAAGUACUUCUACUACUAGUACUUCUUCUUCUUCUUCAAAAAGAGGUUCAUCGACUCCAACAAAAAGAGGUACAAGGGGAAAAGCUUCAGAACAUCAGUCUGAAGAUGAAUAUAAUACACCAAUUACACCAAAAAGAACUAGCUCUGGUAGAGUUUCUCAACCUCCUACAAAACUUGGUAGUGAACGUGAAAAUGGUAGUGGUCGUGGUAAAAAGACAGAUUCAACAUCGACAUCAACAACAUCUACAUCAACACCAUCAAGAAGAAAAUUAAUGUCUGAUGAAGAAAUGGAAGAUUCUCCAAAAAGAGGUAGAAAGAGAAAAGAAUAUUCAGAUGAAGAAAAACCAACUUCUUCCUCCUCGGUUUCUACUAGUACAACACAACAAAAAAAGAGAGUUUCUUCUUCUUCUGAUGAAAGACCAGAUACUAGAUUAUUGUUAAAAUGUGAACAAUAUUUACAACCAGUUCAAAAACAUCUUGACAAGUUUAAGAAUCUCUCUGAUCUUGAAAGAGAGGCCAAGGUUCGAAAAACUAAAAAGUACAUGUUGUCUUUGGGUGGAGAGAUUACAAAGAUUGUGGGCCACCAAAGAGGCACUGAAGACAUUAAAAACAAAUUGGAGAAACAUCUUUGGCUCUAUGCUUCUGGAUUUACUGCUCUUGGUGGAGAUGAACUCAAAAAAUUGUUUGAUAAAAUGAAAACUACUCAACAACAACAACAAAAGAAUAAUAAUGGUAGUAAUAAUAAUAAUAAUAAUUCUCCUUCAAAACCAUCAAUGAAAUUGGUUAUAAAUAAAACAAAAUAA